AUGAAACGGGUAGACCUUCAUCCCCUGGUGGACAGGAACGGGGAUCAGAGAGACAGUGUCAACGACAGAAACAGGGGGACAUUGUCAACGACAGAAACAGAGAGACAGUGUCAACGACAGAAACAGGGGGCAGAGAGACAUUGUCAACGAGAGAAACAGGGCAGAGAGACAUCGUCAACGACAGAAACAGGGGACAGAGAGACAUUGUCAACGCAGAAACAGGGGACAGAGACAUUGUCAACAACAGAAACAGGUCAGAGAGACAUUGUCAACGACAGAAAUAGGGGGAAGAGAUACAUUGUCAACGACAAAAACAGGGGGCAGAGAGACAUUGUCAACGAAAGAAACAGGGCAGAGAGACAUCGUCAACGACAGAAACAGGGGGCAGAGAGACAUUGUCAACGACAGAAACAGUUCAGAGAGACAUUUUCAACGACAGAAAUAGGGGGAAGAGAUACAUUGUCAACGACAAAAACAGGGGGCAGAGAGACAUUGUCAACGAGAGAAACAGGGCAGAGAGACAUCGUCAACGACAGAAACAGGGGACAGAGAGACGUUGUCAACGAGAGAAACAGGGGGCAGAGAGACAUUGUCAACGAGAGAAACAGGUCAGAGAGACAUUGUCAACGAGAGAAACAGGGCAGAGAGACAUCGUCAACGACAGAAACAGGGGACAGAGAGACAUUGUCAACGAGAGAAACAGGGGGCAGAGAGACAUUGUCAACGAGAGAAACAGGGCAGAGAGACAUUGUCAACGACAGAAACAGGGGACAGAGAGACGUUGUCAACGAGAGAAACAGGGGGCAGAGAGACAUUGUCAACGAGAGAAACAGGUCAGAGAGACAUUGUCAACGACAGAAACAGCAGAGAGACAUUGUCGACAACAGAAACAGGUCAGAGAGACAUUGUCAACGACAGAAACAGGGGGCAGAGAGACAUUGUCAACGACAGAAACAGGUCAGAGAGACAUUGUCAACGACAGAAACAGGACAGAGAGACAUUGUCAACGACAGAAACAGGGGGCAGAGAGACAUUGUCAGCGACAGAAACAGGGGGCUGAGAGACAUUGUCAACGAGAGAAACAGGGCAGAGAGACAUUGUCAACGACAAAAACAGGGGGCAGAGAGACAUUGUCAACGACAAAAACAGGGGGCAGAGAGACAUUGUCAACGACAGAAACAGGACAGAGAGACAUUGUCAACGACAGAAACAGGACAGAGAGACAUUGUCAACGACAGAAACAGGACAGAGAGACAUUAUCAACGACAGAAACAGGGCAGAGAGACAUUGUCAGCGACAGAAACAGGGGGCAGAGAGACAUUGUCAACGGCAGAAACAGGACAGAGAGACAUUGUCAACGGCAGAAACAGGACAGAGAGACAUUGUCAACGACAGAAACAGGGGAAGCAGGGGGCAGAGAGAUAUUGUGAACGACAGAAACAGGGGGCAGAGAGACAGUGUCAACGACAGAAACAAGGGGCAGAGAGACAUUGUCAACGACAGAAACAGGGGGCAGAGAGACAUUGUCAACGACAGAAACAGGACAGAGAUACAUUGUCAACGACAGAAACAGCAAUUGCUCAGGAAUCGAGGGCUUUGGGCUAUCAGGGACCAUCUGUUGCUGCGAAGACUCUGGCCAAGAUUUUUCAAGAUAACAUGAAGGAGAAAAUCAUUUUAGAUAUUGGGGGAGGCACUGGGUUAGUUGGAGAAGAGUUGAAGAAGGAAGGAUUUGAGAUAAUCGACAUUCUUGAUUCAUCUGAAAAGAUGCUAGACAUCGCACGAGAAAAACGUGUUUACCGGAAUGUAGUUACAGCGGAAGUAAAGGGACUUAACUCUAUACCACUAACAGGAGACUUGGUGAUCCAAGGAACCAAAAUGUUGGAUAAGUCAGAAAAGGCAUAA